GGUGGCAGUAGAACGAUGCUCCGUUUCCUGCGGAGCCGCACAGUCACAACAAGAGGAGGAAGAGGAAAAACGACAACUCUGGAUCUGGAUCGUCGUCGACUGUCUUGCGUGACAACACAGGGAUCGUCCAGACUUUGGGUAUUGGCGUUUUUUAUUCUCCUCUCUCUGUCGUGUCGGAGCGCCGCGGAUCGGCCGCGCCGCCGCCCGGUUUGUAGCGGUUGCUCCAGUUUGACCUGCACCAUGUCUGAUUUGCUGAGAUACAUUGACUACGACCACAAAGCCACCUUCCUGAAGAUGCUGAACCAGCAGCGCAUGGAGGGUGAGCACUGCGACGUGGUGGUGGUGGUGGAGAACAUCGAGUUCCGGGCGCACCGCUGCGUCCUCGCCGCCUGCAGCAACUACUUCAAGAAGCUCUUCAAGAAGCAGAGCGACGAGGACAACUCCAUCGUGGAGCUCGACUUCAUCCGCUCCGACAUCUUCGAGGAAGUGCUCAACUACAUGUACACGGCGCGGCUGGCGGUGCGGAAGAAGGACAUCAACAUGAUGAUGUCGUCCGGACAGAUCCUCGGCAUCAACUUCCUGGACAACCUUUGCACCCAGAAGCGGGAGCUGACCAACAUGAAGACCCGCGAGAACCAGGCGCCGGACGACCACGGCAUGCGGGCGCAGGACGCCAUCUUGAAAGAGCUCGCCAUGGAGGAAGUGAGGAAGAACAGCUUCUACGACCAGGGGAUGGACGCCAUCGGCCCUGGCGGCUCCCACGUCUCACAGCCGCACAGCUACAACACGGGGCUGGGGAAGGAUCCGCACGCCCACGGCUGGGGGUCGUCGACCUCUGCCGCCGACAUGAAGCUGGAGUACCUCCUCUACGGCCACCGCGACCACAACUCCUGCCAGAGCGCCGGCGCCAAGCCGCUCGACCACAACACCAAGAAGGAGCGGCUGCUCACCGCCAACCGCCCGUACGGCUGUGAGCACUGCCCCAAAGCCUUCACCACCGCCGCGCACCUCAAGGAGCACCUGAAGAUCCACUCGGGCUUCAAGCCGCACCGCUGCGUCGUCUGCGGCAAGGCCUUCAUCCGGGGGCCCGACCUGAAGCGGCACGAGCGCGUGCACAGCAACGAGCGGCCCUUUGCCUGCCAGAUGUGCGAAAAGGCCUUCAAGCACAAGUCUCACCUGAAGGACCACGAGCGGCAGCACCGGGGCGAGCGGCCCUUCAACUGCGGCUCGUGCGACAAGGCGUUCAUCAAGGCGUCGGACCUGAAGCGCCACUGGAACACGAUGCACAGCGCCAACCCACGCAGACAGAUGUCACUGUCGCCUGCCACCUCCCAGCACGCCCAGGCGGUGGCUGCUGACCAGAGAGACUGGAAACUGGAGACCGGGCCACACUCGCACAACUCUGGGGACUGCUGAGCGAUCCGAACACACACACACACACACACACACACACGCACACGCACACUGACAUACAGGGGCAUCUCAAUAAAUAGGAAUAUAAUCAAUAAGGUAAUUGUAUUUCAGACAUAUAAUCCAAAACGUACAACAGAGGAUGAGGGCCAUUCUAAGAAAAUUACGAGAAUAAAGUCAAUAAUAUUAUGAAUUUAUUCUCAUAAUAUUGACUUUAUUCUCAAAAUAUAAUUACUUUAUUCUCGUAUUAUUUCAACUUUAUUCUUGUAAUUUUAUUUUUUUGUCUUUUUCUCAAUAUGGCCUUUAUACUCCAUGUUUAAAAAAAACAAUUCAUUACACAGAAUAUUUUCAAAUGUUAAUUUCUGUUAUUUUAGAGCACAGGUGCCAAACUCGAGGCCUGUGGGCCAAAUCCGGCCCGCCAAAGCUAUUUUUGUGGCUCCCCAAACUCAAGACUCAUGAGUUUAGAGGGCCACAUAAUGAAAAUUUUAAGAUAAAUAUUACUUCAUCAGUCAAAAGAAAUCACUAAAUAUUUGAGAAAAUGUGUGUUAAUUUUAUUUUAUCUUAAAAAGCACAAAUGAAAAGCAGAGAAAGAUAUAAUAUUUUAAGUUUGUCAGUAUGCAGUUUUAUUAAUACUUUCUAUCAUAACCGGCAUUUAUGAUCUCAAUGUGACCCAAAAUGAUUUUUUUUGAUAUUCUUGAUUUAGAGGACUGUAGCCAAAACAGAUUUUAAUUACACAAACCGUGUUUUAAAAGGAUUUUUUUACAGAAAAAAGUUUCACACCACAAAUAGUAAAAACUAUAGAACUGAAUCUGAUGUAUUAAAAAAAAGUAUUACAUUAGGCCUAAUGAUUAUUUUAGUUGUUCUUAUUCUUCUGACUAUUAAUAAUUACAAAUUCUUACGAUUGGAUUAAAAAAAUCAGAUUCUGCAGUUAAGCCUUUUUUAUGCAGUAUUAAAAAUACAAUUAAUUUCAUAAAAUUUUUAAAUGAUUUAAAUUUGCUUAAAAUGCAAUCAAGAGUUUGUAUUUUUCUACAGUGUAGCUUACUUAAUCCUAUGACUGUCAGCAAAUGACCUUUUCUCUUAGUCCUCAUAUUCCAGUUGAUGAUUAAUGGAUUACUAAUUUAGUUGAUGAUUAUUUGAUGAAUUGAUUAAUCACGAUUAACCCGAUUAAUCAUUUCAGCCCUUCAGUUCACACAAAGUAAUAUUUCUGUUAAUUUUAAGGAUUAAAAUGAACACAAAACUAUUUUUAUAAGAUUUUUAACAGAUCGUUAUUUUACGUAGCUGCUAACUUUAGAGUUAUCCAUCAGUCACACCCACAAAACCACAAAAAAAAAAAAGCUGAAUGUGCCAUGUCCAAGCAUAGUGAUGGAAAGUUAAGUGUAAGGAAAAACUUUAGUGGAAAAAAUUAACAGUACUCCAUAGAUUCGUAGUAUCAGGAUCACUUUGGUGAUUGAAUAAGCUUUUGGUGUCUUUGGAAGUGAGGGCAGAAAAAUAAAAUCAGCAUUUCCAUAGUUUGUUAGCAAAAGGAAGCUUUCAUUGCUCUAAAUGUUUCCAGGCAAACAUCUACUCUGACAAUACACUUGAUGAAACACAGAGGACCAACAUAAGUAGAUGCACCUCAAAUCAUCAUCACCGACUGUGAAAACUUUACACUGGACCUCAUUUAACCUCUUCUAUGACCUCGAAGACGCAAAUUUUACUUUCCUUUAAAGAGGAAUUUUGGGCCUGAUUCAGAAAUAGCCAAAUAUGUAACAUGCAUCAGGUGUUGCCUGUUUCCUGCGUUUUUACAUUGUCUAGUAUCAGACUUUUUCCUUCCACUAAACUUUCAUAACAUUUCUGUAUUAAACGUCUUACGUAAUUUUAUGAGAAUUUCAGGUUAUAGCCUUUGAAAAAUGUUUGUUAACAUUUUUUUUAUUGAAUUGCUGACAUAUAAAUUACCUUUUUGAUUAUAUUGUAAUUAAUUGAGAUGCCAAUGGACUGACCUGCUAACACUUUAAUCCCACUUACACACAUUGACACAAGCACGAGGACGGUGAUGGGAGUGCAGAACAGGAGAGCAGAGCAUGUUCAUAAAGACUGUGAGGCUGUAUUAUUAUUAUUAUGAUUAUUAUUAUAAUUCUAAAGAGUUAUGUCCUUCCCACCUGUAAAGUCAUGUAAAUGUUUAGUUCACUAUACUAUACAUAUAUUUUUCACAAAGCAUCGUCGCUAUCUAGACCGGAGGGGUUCUCAUAACGUUUUUUUCUUUUCUUUUUAAUAAAAUAAACAUUUAAAUGUUCGUUUAACCUUUUAUGGAUUUUAUGGAGAUAAAAACAGAGUCCAAGAAAGAAAGAUAGAAAGAGGGAAUGGGGGAGAAAAUAAUUUUCUGCAUAACAUUUGUUGCAUUGAGUAUAUUCAUGUGGAUGUUUUUAAAUGGAUGUGUUUAGUUGUAUUGAUUGAUAUUACACUGUAAAAGUAAGACGCAGAUGAAACCAAAGUCUUGGACUCCUGACGGACCGUCCUCAAAGACUGUCCUGUCCAAGCAGAACCGGCCAACUAGAUUUACUGUUAUACAGUAUGACUGUCAUCCGGGGCUAUCCACAGAUAAUGAUCGGUGUCUGUAUAUACUGUAGCUUAGUUUGUUGCACAACUAGAGUUCACAAUAUUGAAAUCAUGCACAUAUAACAUUGUCCUACUCCUACACUUUGACAAUAAACACCAUUUGCUGUGUUUUAA